AUGAUGAGAAAAUUCACUAACAAAAGGGAUAUCAUCCGACCGGGUGUCACGAGAUUUGCUUCCGCCUAUCUAACAUUACAAAGUUUGUCUGAAAAAAAGGAGGAACUAAGGCAUAUGUUCUCUAGCAACGAAUGGGAAGAAUGUAAAUUUUCAGAUGUAGUUAAAGGGAGAUCUAGUCAUACAUUAGUGACAGGUUCCACAUUUUGGGCGGGUGUGGCACUUUGCUUAAAGGUGUUUUCCCCUUUGGUGAAAGUUCUGCGUAUGGUUGAUGCGGAUUGGAAGCCCUCGAUGGGUUUUGUUUAUGGUGAGAUUAAAAAAGCAAAAAAAGAAAUCAUUGAUGCUUUAGGCGGUAACAAAAAAGCAUAUGAGCCUAUCAUAAAUAUCAUAUCAAAGAAAAUGAAAGGUAGACUAGAUUCAAAAUUGCAUUUGACGGCUUAUCUUCUAAACCCUUAUUAUCAUUAUAAGGAUCCGCAACUCCAACAUGAUCCCGAAGUAAUGGAUGCGGUUCUUGAGUUUUUUGAUACAUUAUUUGCCGGAGAUUUAGAGAUGCAAAAGCAAGUCGUGACUAUUGAUUUGCCAGAGUACAAGAAAAAAAUGGAUAGAUUUGGUCGGGAACUUGCAGUUAAAGCAUGUGAAGUUAAUGACGGUGACUAUGAUCCGGCAACUUGGUGGGGUACGUUUGGUGGAGCAACUCCUCAUUUGACAAAGAUUGCAAUAAGAAUUAUUUAUUUCACUAGUAGUUCAUCUAUUCACACGAAGAAAAGAAAUAGGUUGGAUGCAAGUAAAAUGAACAAUCUUUUUUAUGUCCAAUUUAAUGGUAAUUUGAUGGAAAAAAACAAAAAGAGAAAAGAAAAGAAUAUGGAAGUGCUAUUAGCUAAUGAUAGUCACACGGGUCAAGAAUGGAUUGUUGAUUGUGGUGAUUGUGAUGAAGAUGGAUUUGGCAUAGUUGGUAUUGAGGAGGAAGUAUUUGAAGAAGUUGAUUAUGAAUCAGAUGGAGUUCACAUCAUUGAAGAAUGCGGAGAUAAAGAGUAG